AGCAGGCACUGACAGGACUCUCCCCACAGCUGGCUGCACCUUUGAGGAGGACAGUGACCCGAACCAGUGCGAGUACAGCCAGGGAGAGGACGAUGACUUCGAGUGGGAGCUGAUCCGGAGCUAUCUGAUGCCUCACCUGACACCUGACCUGCCUCACGGCUCCUACCUGAUGGUGAACUCCUCCCAGCACGCCCCGGGCCAGAAAGCUCACCUGCUUUUCCAGGCCCUGAGCGAGAAUGACACCCACUGCCUGCAGUUCAGCUACUUCAUGUACAGCCGGGACGGGCACAGCCCUGGCACCCUCAGCGCCUACGUGCGGGUCACGGGGGGCCCGGUGGGCAGCGCCGUCUGGAACGCCUCGGGCUCCCACGGCCGCCAGUGGCACCAGGCAGAGCUGGCUGUCAGCUUGUUCUGGCCCAGUGAGUACCAGGUGCUGUUCGAGGCGGUGGUGUCCGGCGAGCGCAGGGGGUACCUCGGCUUGGAUGACAUUCUGCUCCUGAAUUAUCCGUGCUCGAAAGCCCCUCAUUUCUCCCGCCUGGGCGACGUGGAGGUGAACGCGGGGCAAAACGCCACCUUCCAGUGCGUGGCCGCCGGGAAGGCGUCCGAGGCCGAGCGCUUCCUCAUGCAGAGGCAGAGCGGCCAGGCGGUCCCUGCUGCCUCGGUGAAGCACAUCAGCCACCGGCGCUUCCUGGCCACCUUCCAGCUGGACGAGGUGUCCAAGGCGCAGCAGGAUUUGUACCGCUGUGUCACCCAGUCCAGCCGAGGCUCGGGGGUCUCCAACUUUGCCGAGCUCAUCGUCAAAGAGCCCCCCACACCCAUUGCACCCCCCCAGCUGCUCCGGGCCGGCUCCACCUACCUCAUCAUCCAGCUCAACACCAACUCCAUCAUCGGCGACGGCCCCAUCGUGCGCAAGGAGAUCGAGUACCGCAUGACCUCGGGGCCCUGGUCGGAGGUGCACGCUGUCAACAUGCAGACCUACAAGCUCUGGCACUUGGACCCGGACACAGAGUAUGAGAUCAGCGUCCUGCUCACCCGGCCCGGCGAGGGGGGCACCGGCAAACCGGGGCCGCCCCUCAUCAGCCGCACCAAGUGCGCAGAGCCCAUGAGGGCCCCCAAAGGCCUGGCUUUCUCCGAGAUCCAGUCCAGGCAGCUGACACUGCAGUGGGAGCCACUGGGCUACAACCUGACCCGCUGCCACACCUACACCGUCUCGCUCUGCUACCGCUACUUCGUGGGCAGCGGCCACAACCAGACCUUCCAGGAGUGCGUGAAGAUGGAGCGGAACGCCAACCGCUACACCAUCAAAAACCUGCUGCCCUACAAGAACAUCCACGUCAAGCUCAUCCUCUCCAACCCCGAGGGGCGCAAGGAGGGCAAGGAGGUGGUUUUUCAGACCGAUGAGGAUGUGCCUGGGGGCAUCGCCUCGGAGUCCCUCACCUUCACCCCGCUGGAGGACAUGAUAUUCCUGAAGUGGGAGGAACCGGUGGAGCCCAACGGCCUCAUCACACAGUACGAGAUCAGCUACCAGAGCAUCGAGUCGUCCGACCCGGCCGUCAACGUGCCCGGCCCGCGUCGCACCGUGUCCAAACUGCGCAACGAGACCUACCACGUCUUCUCCAACCUCCACCCCGGCACCACUUACCUCUUCUCGGUCCGGGCCCGCACCGGGAAGGGCUUUGGCCAGACAGCACUCACCGAGAUCACCACCAACAUCUCUGCUCCCACCUUCGACUAUGGGGACAUGCCAUCGCCGCUGAGUGAGUCAGAGAGCACCAUCACAGUGCUGCUCCGGCCGGCGCAGGGCAGGGGGGCUCCCAUCAGCACUUACCAGGUGAUAGUGGAGGAGGACCGUCCCAAGAAGCUCAAGAGGGAGCUGGGGGGGGCCGAAUGCUUCCCGGUGCCCCUCACCUUCGACGAUGCCAUGUCCCGGGGCUCCGUGCACUACUUUGGGGCAGAGCUGCCUGCCAGCAGCCUCACCGAGGCCAAACCCUUCACUGUGGGGGACAACCAGACCUACAGCGGCUACUGGAACCCCCCCCUGGAGCCCAAGAAGGCCUAUCUCAUCUACUUCCAAGCCAUGAGCAACCUCAAAGGGGAAACCCGGCUGAACUGUGUCCGGAUCGCCCGCAAAGCUGCCUGCAAAGAGAGCAAGCGUCCCCUGGAGGUGUCCCAGCACUCGGAGGAGAUGGGCUUGAUCCUGGGGAUCUGUGCUGGGGGGCUUAUUGUCCUGAUUAUCCUGCUGGGAGCCAUCAUCGUGGCCAUCCGGAAAGGGAGGAACUACUAUUCUUAUUCCUAUUACCCGAAACCUGUGAACAUGACCAAGGCAACCAUUAACUACCGGCACGAGAAGACCCACAUGAUGAGUGCCAUCGACAGGAGCUUCACUGACCAGAGCACCCUGCAGGAGGACGAGCGCCUGGGGCUGUCCUUCAUGGACACCCACAACUACGGAAACAGAGGUGAUCAGCGCAGCAGCGUGGUCAAUGAGUCCAGCAGCCUCCUGGGGGGCUCCCCACGGCGCCAGUGUGGCCGUAAGGGCUCCCCGUACCACACGGGGCAGCUGCACCCGGCCGUGCGCGUGGCCGACCUCCUGCAGCACAUCAACCAGAUGAAAACGGCCGAGGGCUACGGCUUCAAGCAGGAGUACGAGAGUUUCUUUGAAGGCUGGGAUGCUUCGAAGAAGAAAGACAAGACCAAAGGGAGACAGGAUCACGUGUCGACAUACGACCGUCACCGUGUGAAGCUGCACCCGCUGCUGGGCGACCCCAACUCCGACUACAUCAACGCCAACUACAUCGAUAUUCGGAUUAACCGAGAAGGCUACCACAGGUCCAACCACUUCAUAGCCACCCAAGGGCCCAAGCAGGAGAUGGUGUACGAUUUCUGGCGCAUGGUGUGGCAGGAGCACUGUUCCAGCAUUGUGAUGAUCACCAAGCUGGUGGAGGUGGGCCGGGUGAAGUGCUCCAAAUACUGGCCAGAUGACUCGGAGAUGUACGGGGACAUCAAGAUCACCCUGGUGGAGUCAGAGACUUUGGCUGAGUACGCUGUGCGCACCUUCGCCCUCGAGAGGAGGGGUUACUCAGCCCGGCACGAGGUGAAGCAGUUCCACUUCAUGUCAUGGCCCGAGCACGGGGUCCCCUACCACGCCACGGGGCUGCUGGCCUUCAUCCGCAGGGUGAAGGCAUCCACCCCGCCUGAUGCCGGCCCCAUUGUCAUCCACUGCAGUGCUGGCACGGGGAGAACCGGCUGCUACAUCGUCCUGGACGUUAUGCUGGACAUGGCUGAGUGUGAGGGUGUGGUGGACAUCUACAACUGCGUGAAGACCCUCUGCUCACGGAGGAUCAACAUGAUCCAGACAGAGGAGCAGUACAUCUUCAUCCACGAUGCCAUCCUGGAGGCCUGUCUGUGUGGGGAGACCAGCAUCCCCGCCAGCGAGUUCAAGCCCACCUACAAGGAGAUGGUGAGGAUUGAGCCGCAGAGCAACUCCUCGCAGCUGCGGGAGGAGUUCCAGACCCUGAACUCUGUGACCCCACACCUGGACGUGGAGGAGUGCAGCAUCGCGCUCCUGCCCCGCAACCGCGAGCGCAACCGCAGCAUGGACGUGCUGCCGCCGGACCGAUGCCUUCCCUUCCUCAUCUCCGUGGAUGGAGACAGCAACAACUACAUCAACGCGGCCUUAACCGAUAGCUACACCAAGAGCGCUGCCUUCAUCGUCACCCUGCACCCUCUGCAGAACACCACCACCGACUUCUGGAGGCUGGUGUACGACUAUGGCUGCACCUCCAUCGUCAUGCUCAACCAGCUCAACCAGUCCAACUCUGCCUGGCCCUGCCUGCAGUACUGGCCCGAGCCAGGGCUCCAGCAGUACGGCCCCAUGGAGGUGGAGUACGUGUCCGGAACGGCGGAUGAGGACAUUGUGUCCCGGCUCUUCCGAGUCCAGAACAUCACACGGUUGCAGGAGGGGCACCUGAUGGUCCGGCACUUCCAGUACCUGCGGUGGUCGGCGUAUCGAGACACUCCCGACUCCAAGAAGUCCUUCCUGCACCUCCUGGCCCAAGUAGAGAGGUGGCAGAAGGAAAGUGGGGAUGGCAGGACUGUGGUGCACUGCCUGAACGGAGGUGGCCGGAGUGGCACCUUCUGUGCCUCCACCAUGAUCCUGGAGAUGAUCAAGUGUCACAACAUGGCAGAUGUGUUCUAUGCUGCAAAGACCCUCCGCAACUACAAGCCAAAUAUGGUGGAGACCUUGGAGCAGUACCAUUUCUGCUACGACAUAGCACUGGAAUAUCUGGAGUCCCUGGAGACCAGAUAGCACCUGGCCAGGAGAGGGGCGGCGAGGGCUGGCACAGGGGUCGUGCCAACUGUGCAUCUCCCACCUGGACGUUGCGUUCCUGCUGGAGGCGGGCCCGGAAACAGCAAAGGACCCAACGGGAAAACCCAUGGGAUCGAGGAAACGAGAGGAUGUGGGGAUGUGCUGGACGUGUUGGGGGUGUUGGCCGCUCUCCAUCUUCAUCCUCUGCUCUCCAUCUUCCCUCCCUGCUGAGUGGCCACAGGUUGGAUGUCACGACUCAUCCCAUUCCUUGGAGUUGGGGUGUGCAGGAUGUGGCCCCGUGGCGCUGCCGGGGGCCCCUAAAGCAGCUGGAGAGGAGCCCAGGGAGGGGAGGAAGAGGAGGACAGAAGGAGCCGAGGCCAUUUCCCAGCAGGGAAGGAUGGAUACUGGGAGGAGAGACGUUGGCUUUCAGUUCUGUGUGGAACUGAAGCCGCUCCCGAGGAGCCCAACGGCUGCCUGGGACAAAGACCCUCUCAGGAGCUCUUGAGUUUGUGCCCCUUCGCACCACGAGUUUGGUCUUUGCUUGUUUUAGUUGUGUGAGUUGCCACCCUUUGUGUGCCCAGCCCUGGGCAGAGCAGGGAAGAGGGAUGAGAGAGCAUGGGUGGCACCGACCGUGUCCUGCUUCAGACCCGGGCCUUCCUGGCACCUCUGCCAAGCUUUGGAAGCGAUGCUUCCCCUGCAUCUCCACACCAUCCUCCCCAUCUGUUGCACUUAAUUCCUCCUGAUGACCCAAAGGCUCCGGCCCACAGGGCUGUUUUUAACCCUUCCCUCGUGAAUCGCUGCAUUUGAAGCAAAACCCUCAAAAUUUGGGUCCAUCCCGUGUUCCUCCUGGAUUCUGCCCCCAGGCAGUUGUCCACUGAUGCUCUUGGCUUUUGCUGGGGCUGGUGGAGCAGUUUUGGGGUGGUGCUGAGCUGUGCUGAAGCCCCUGAGCUGGGCUGUAUGUCGGGGCUGGGCAUGGGGAGGUCCCCAAGCCCCUGCUGCCACCCAGGGCUGGUGAUUCAAGGUACUUGAUACUUUUUUGGCUCCAUCCUGCUGCAGGUGGGUGUGAGAUGGCACUUUUUCCAUCUGAUGUUGUGGUAAUUCCAGGAAUCUCUGCUCACAGCCUGGUGGUAAUAAAAUGAACAGCCUCAGGAAGGUGCAGGCAGAGGGAUGAAGGUCUGGGGUCUGCCCUGGGGACUCAGACUGAGGGGAGGUUGGGUCUGCCUUGAGGGCCAGGCAGAACUUCACCAUCAUUUUUUGUGGGGAUGGAGCAGAACAGAUGAGAAAACUGUCCUCCAGAUGCUGGAGGGUGGAUGUGGGCAACCCCAUCCUUCAUCCCUCCUUCAUCCUUCAUCUCUCCCUCACCCUCCUCUUAUCCUUCAUCCCCCAUGUGUGCUCCCCCAUCCUCCAGCCCCAUCUCCCCAGGGCAGGGGCAGCUUCCCUGCCUUGCCCUGCCUGGAGCUGGGGAUCCCUCUCCCCAGGGAAUUCUCCCCAGGGAAUCUUGAAGGCUGGGGGAGCAAACCCAGGGCAUGUUUCCAUCCCCCUUCCAAGGGUGAAGGAGAGCAGGGAGAUCCAGCUCUGCCCUCUCUCCCCUUGGAGGUUUCCCACCCGCUGUGGGGAUGGGGGUCUCAGCAGCAUCCAGGGGUUCUGCCCAGAGCCUUGGCUCUCUCACCUGCUCACUGAGUAAUUCCCAGCCUGAAAACAACUUAUUCCAAGGGCUAUACAACAUUAUUCCCAUUUUUUCCAUCCCUGCUGUCUAACCCUGUCAUGUGCCCAUUCAGUCUCGUGACCAAAUAGCCUUUUUUUUACCCUAAAACGGCCCAGUUACACCCCAGUGUGGUGACACCAGUACCUGGUAACACCAGGUCUCACAUCACAAGCCUUGACUUGGAAUAAAUCCGUGUCCUUUUCCCAAUCCCCAUCUCUCCAUAGACACGUCCUGCUGUCCUAGGGAAGGCUCUGCACGGUGGGUGCAGAAACGUGCAGGAAUUGUUUGGGUUUGGAUGGAAAUGGCUGAGCUGAGCCUCUGAAAUCCCUGGGAAUGGGAUGAUCUGGGGGCUCUUCAGUCCUGGGAACCAGAGGGAUGUUGCUGCUUCAUCCCAGAUCUUCCCCCACCUCCUCCCUGCAGUCCAGAGGGAGGGACCAUCCCACAGGGAUGGAGGUAAAGUGUUGCCAGAAAGAGGAAAAGGUGGAAAACUGCAACCCCACUUAGUCCUGGAGACAACAGAAGCUGGAGGAGUUGUAUAUAUGUUUUAAAAUCCAGAUUUUUUUCCUUUUUAUUUUAUUUUGAUAUCUCCUUGCUAGGUGUCUCUGGGUUUUUAGGGCAUCUCUGUUGAAGGGCAGACUUUGAAAUCCAAGUGCUAUAAAAUCCAACCCACCUCCAACUCCUACUGAGAUGCUCCUCUGACACGAGGCAAGGACAUCCUGUACAUAGAAAUAUAUAUAUAUAGAAAUCUAUAUAUAAAAAUAUAAAUACUGUUCUUAAGAUGGAUAAUGUUUAUUGGUAUUACAGAUUGGAGUGGUGCUUUUUUUGUUUGUUGUUUUUUUUUUUUUUAAUAAAAUCAAACCAAACAAAAACAGAACAAAACAAAAAAAAGGAAAAAAAUUAAAACCCAAGAAAAACACCAAAUUGGAACCAUUUUGUCCAUAUGCAGGAAAAGUGAUCCCAAAAAGGAGGCAGCUCCACCUUGGAGAAGGAGGGAGGGACAGGUCUGAUGUGGAUUGUACCACGCACAUCCAGCUGUUGUUUUAACUGGUUGGUUUUUUUAAAAUAGUUUUAUUAUUAUAUUAUUAUUUUUUGGCUUUCUUUCCUUUUCAGAAGAUCAGUUGCAUAAAUAAAUGUUCCAAAUUUGU